UGCUUAUUUUAAAAGGGUGCUGAGGGGGAAGAUGGAGCCCCUGGCGAAGAAGUUCAGCGCUUGGCUCUAGCGGGGGCCGCCUGCCACCUGUGCUGCCCGCGCCCUGUUGCCCUCCCCGCCCGGCUGCAUGGCCCGAUGGCAAGGCUUGGAGGCGUGGAGGCUCUGAGAGGCUGGAGCAAAGCGGGCUCUGGAGCGGCUCCCGUGCGGGGUUAAAGGCGGCAGCAGGGGAUCCGACCUGGCCUUUUGAUUUGCAACAAAGACCCGAGACGAUGCUGCGUCUGGUUUAACCCCUGGCUCCGGGGUGGAGCGCGCGGAUGCUGCCUAGGGGCUGCGCCAAGGGACUCAGCCUCUCCGCCGCUUCCCCCCAGCGCCGCACACUGUUACCCUCUGGGACAGCCGUCAGCCUGCCUGCUCCCUGCCCGGGCGGCGGGGCGGUCGGGAGAAGAGCUGUCUCGCGGGCGGCCAGAUCUAAAGCAUGCCUUGGGGUUGGUGUUGAAAGGCUCCCUGGCUCCAGAGGAAUGGAGGAGAUCCAGAGCGCUGGCCACUAGACUGAGCAGCUCCGAGAGGGGUCUUGCCGACUGGGAUCGCUUCACCCCCCGUCCCCUUCCACUGGCUCUGUUGCUUGGUAGUUGGUGGGUGCCUUGAUUGGAUCGCCUCUCUGUUUUCUUCCAGGAUGGCUCGCUUUGGGGAGGCGGUGGCUGGCCGCCUGGGAUCCGGAGAUGCGGGCUCUGAACAGAACAGGAUCCGCCAAGGACCCCCCGCGCCUUCCGGAGCGACCCCGGGAGCCUUCAAGCAAACCAAAGCGCAGAGGGCCAGGACUAUGGCUCUGUACAACCCCAUCCCAGUCCGACAGAACUGCUUCACAGUCAACAGAUCCCUCUUCCUCUUUGGGGAAGAUAACAUGGUCAGGAAAUACGCCAAGAAGCUCAUCGACUGGCCGCCCUUUGAAUACAUGAUCCUGGCCACCAUCAUUGCAAACUGCAUCGUCCUAGCGCUGGAGCAGCACCUCCCCGAGGAUGACAAGACACCCAUGUCCCGACGACUAGAGAAGACAGAGCCUUACUUCAUUGGGAUCUUCUGCUUUGAAGCUGGAAUUAAAAUAGUUGCUCUGGGAUUUGUUUUCCACAAGGGCUCAUACCUCCGGAAUGGCUGGAACGUCAUGGACUUCAUCGUGGUCCUCAGUGGCAUCCUCGCCACGGCUGGAACUCACUUCAACACCCAUGUGGACCUGCGGACCCUGAGAGCGGUGCGUGUGCUCAGGCCUCUGAAGCUUGUCUCAGGCAUUCCCAGCUUACAGAUCGUGUUGAAGUCCAUCAUGAAGGCCAUGGUGCCCCUUCUCCAGAUAGGCCUCCUGCUCUUUUUCGCCAUUCUGAUGUUCGCCAUCAUUGGCCUGGAGUUCUACAGUGGGAAACUGCACCGAGCUUGCUACACGAAUAAUUCAGGUGAACUGGAAGAACUGGAUCCCCCACAUCCGUGUGGCGUGCAGGGAUGCCCCUUGGGUUAUGAGUGCAAGGAGUGGAUUGGUCCCAACGACGGGAUCACUCAGUUUGACAACAUCCUCUUUGCUGUGCUGACUGUCUUCCAGUGCAUUACCAUGGAAGGGUGGACCACAGUGCUGUACAAUACCAAUGAUGCCUUAGGAGCCACCUGGAACUGGCUGUACUUCAUCCCCCUCAUCAUCAUCGGCUCCUUCUUUGUUCUUAACCUUGUCCUGGGAGUGCUUUCCGGGGAAUUUGCCAAAGAGCGAGAGCGGGUGGAGAACCGCAGAGCCUUCAUGAAGCUGCGCCGCCAGCAGCAGAUCGAACGGGAAUUGAAUGGCUAUAGGGCCUGGAUAGACAAAGCAGAGGAAGUAAUGCUGGCUGAAGAGAAUAAAAAUGCUGGGACAUCAGCCUUGGAAGUGCUCAGGAGAGCAACCAUCAAAAGGAACCGGACAGAAGCAGUGAAUCGUGACUCGAGUGAUGAACAUUGUGUCGAUAUCUCCUCCGUGGGUACCCCUCUCGCUCGUGGCAGCAUCAGGAGUGCUAAAGUGGAUGGCGCCUCCUAUUUCCGGCACAAGGAGCGACUUCUGCGCAUCUCAGUUCGCCAUAUGGUGAAAUCCCAAGUGUUUUAUUGGACCGUCUUGAGCGUGGUGGCUCUCAACACUGCCUGUGUAGCCAUUGUCCAUCAUAACCAGCCUCCAUGGCUCACCCACCUCCUCUACUAUGCAGAGUUCCUGUUCCUUGGGCUUUUCCUCCUGGAGAUGUCCUUAAAGAUGUAUGGAAUGGGGCCGCGCCUUUACUUUCAUUCCUCUUUCAACUGCUUUGACUGUGGGGUCACAGUGGGAAGCAUCUUCGAAGUGGUCUGGGCUAUCUUCAGACCAGGAACCUCUUUUGGGAUCAGCGUCUUACGAGCCCUCCGUCUUCUGAGAAUAUUUAAAAUAACGAAGUAUUGGGCAUCCCUGAGGAAUUUGGUGGUCUCCCUGAUGAGCUCCAUGAAGUCAAUAAUCAGCUUGCUCUUCCUCCUUUUCCUCUUCAUUGUUGUCUUCGCUCUGUUGGGAAUGCAGCUGUUUGGAGGCAGAUUUAAUUUCAUGGAUGGGACUCCUUCUGCAAACUUCGACACCUUCCCUGCAGCCAUCAUGACAGUGUUUCAGAUCCUGACGGGCGAGGACUGGAAUGAGGUGAUGUACAACGGGAUCCGCUCCCAGGGUGGAGUCCGGUCAGGCAUGUGGUCCUCCAUCUACUUCAUCAUCCUCACCUUGUUUGGAAACUACACCCUGCUGAAUGUGUUUUUGGCCAUCGCUGUGGACAACCUAGCCAAUGCUCAGGAGCUGACAAAGGAUGAGCAGGAGGAAGAGGAGGCUUUUAACCAAAAGCAUGCCCUGCAGAAAGCCAAGGAAGUCAGCCCGAUGUCUGCUCCAAACAUGCCCUCCAUUGAAAGGGACAGAAGGAGGAGACAUCACAUGUCGAUGUGGGAGCCACGCAGCAGCCAACUGAGGGACAGGAGAAGGCGACAUCACAUGUCGGUCUGGGAGCAGCGUACCAGUCAGCUCCGCAGGCACAUGCAGAUGUCCAGCCAGGAGGGCCUCAACAAGGACGCCCCUCCCUUGAUCAACCCUCACGCCAGCAUAUUCAGGAGGAAAAUUCCUGGGGAAAAUGUAACCCUGGAGAAGGGUGAAGAGGAUCAUGGAGGCAGUGCAGAGCACCCGCAGGCGGAAUGCCUGGACCAACCCAUCGCAGGCACCAACUCAUGCCCAAGCACCAAAGAGGACCAGAAAAGCCCAUCCCCUCGAGCCAAGAGAGACAGGGAACAAUGGCAUCAGAAAUCAUGCCAUGGGAACUGUGAUCUGACUGAGCAGGAUGGGGGAGGGAGAGGAGGCGGAGGGGGAGGCGCAGGGAUUGAAGACCGAGCACGGUUGAGGCAGAGCCAGAGGCGCAGCCGGCACCGGAGAGUGAGAACUGAGGGGAAGGAGCCAUCUGGGGCCCUGGAGAGCAGGUCAGCCAGCCAAGAGGCCAGCCUGGAGGAAGCCAAUCCCACGGAAGGAGAGCAGGCCAGAAAUGAAGGGGGGAAGGAGGACACGAAUCAGGAGGAGCCACUGGCAGGCGAGGAGCUGAACAGAACCAAUGAAAUCCCAGCCGGUGAUGCUGCCUUUGCUGGAGCUAUGCAGGAAGUGAGCCCCCUCAAAGUCCCCCAUGAGCUCAACGAGGAGAAGAACACUAGUUUGACAGAGCAGGACUGCAGCGGCCUGGACACCAGUGACCAAGCCCUGCUGGGCAGCUUGCAGAUGGAGAUGAGCAGAGCCGUCAGCAGGAGCGAACCUGAGCUGUCCUCCAUCACGACCAACACAGAGAAAGCCACCGAGAGCACCACCAUCAUGAUUGAUGUCCAAGACUCCACUGUGGUACAGAUUAGCAACAAGACGGAUGGAGAAGCCAGCCCCUUAAACGAGGCAGAGACAAAAGAGGAUGAGGGAAAAGAGAAGAAGAAACGGAAGAAGGAGAAAAGCUCAGAGACGGGCAAAGCAAUGGUGCCUCAUAGCUCCAUGUUUAUCUUCAGCACGACAAACCCAGUGCGGAGAGCCUGCCAUUACAUUGUGAACCUGCGCUACUUCGAGAUGUGCAUCCUCCUGGUGAUUGCCGCGAGCAGCAUUGCCCUGGCAGCAGAGGACCCUGUCCUGACCAACUCUGACAGGAAUAAAGUCCUGAGGUAUUUUGACUACGUUUUCACGGGUGUCUUCACCUUUGAAAUGAUUAUAAAGAUGAUAGACCAGGGCUUGAUCCUGCAGGACGGCUCUUACUUCCGAGACCUCUGGAACAUCUUGGAUUUCAUCGUGGUAGUUGGGGCACUGGUGGCUUUUGCCUUGGCGAAUACACUGGGGACCAACAAAGGCCGGGAUAUCAAAACCAUUAAGUCUCUGCGUGUGCUCCGGGUCUUGAGGCCCCUGAAGACCAUUAAACGAUUGCCUAAACUCAAGGCUGUCUUUGACUGUGUAGUGACUUCCCUGAAGAAUGUCUUCAACAUACUUAUCGUCUACAAGCUCUUCAUGUUCAUCUUCGCAGUCAUCGCUGUCCAGCUGUUCAAGGGAAAGUUUUUCUACUGUACGGACAGCUCUAAGGACACAGAGAAGGAUUGCAUAGGCAACUACGUGGACCAUGAGAAAAACAAGAUGGAAGUGAAGUGUCGUGAAUGGAAGCGCCAUGAAUUUCACUACGACAACAUCAUUUGGGCUUUGCUUACACUCUUCACUGUCUCCACUGGAGAGGGGUGGCCACAGGUGCUGCAGCAUUCAGUGGAUGUUACUGAGGAGGACAGGGGGCCCAGCCGCAGUAACCGCAUGGAGAUGUCCAUUUUUUAUGUGGUAUAUUUUGUGGUCUUCCCUUUCUUCUUUGUCAACAUCUUUGUGGCGCUCAUCAUCAUCACUUUCCAGGAGCAAGGAGACAAAAUGAUGGAGGAGUGCAGUCUGGAGAAGAACGAGAGGGCGUGCAUUGACUUUGCCAUUAGUGCCAAACCUCUCACGCGCUACAUGCCUCAAAACCGACACACCUUCCAGUACCGUGUCUGGCACUUUGUAGUCUCCCCAUCCUUUGAGUACACCAUCAUGGCCAUGAUAGCACUGAAUACCGUGGUGCUGAUGAUGAAGUACUAUUCCGCGCCCUACACAUAUGAGCUGGCUCUCAAGUACCUGAACAUCGCAUUUACCAUGGUGUUCUCAUUGGAAUGCGUCCUGAAGAUCAUAGCUUUUGGCUUCCUGAAUUAUUUCCGGGACACCUGGAACAUCUUUGACUUCAUCACUGUGAUUGGGAGCAUCACUGAAAUCAUCUUGACAGACACCAAGCUGGUGAACACCAGCAGCUUCAACAUGAGCUUCCUGAAGCUGUUCCGGGCUGCUCGCCUCAUCAAACUGCUCCGCCAGGGCUACACCAUCCGUAUCCUGCUGUGGACCUUUGUGCAGUCCUUCAAGGCCCUCCCAUAUGUCUGUCUCUUGAUCGCUAUGCUUUUCUUCAUAUAUGCAAUCAUUGGGAUGCAGGUUUUUGGGAAUAUCAAAUUAGAUGAAGAAAGCCACAUUAACCGUCACAACAACUUCCGCAGCUUCCUGGCCUCUCUUAUGCUCCUUUUUAGGAGUGCCACGGGUGAAGCAUGGCAGGAGAUCAUGCUGUCAUGCCUGCAAGGCAAAGGCUGUGAGCCAGACACCACGGCAACAUCCGGACAGCACGAGAAUGAGCACUGUGGAACGGAUCUGGCUUACGUGUACUUUGUCUCCUUCAUCUUCUUUUGCUCCUUCCUGAUGCUCAAUCUGUUUGUGGCUGUCAUCAUGGACAAUUUUGAAUACCUGACUCGGGAUUCCUCCAUCCUGGGGCCUCAUCACUUAGAUGAGUUUGUCCGGAUCUGGGCGGAGUAUGACAGAGCUGCAUGCAGUGGCCGCAUCCAUUACACUGAGAUGUAUGAAAUGCUGACUCUCAUGUCACCACCGCUAGGCCUCGGCAAGAGAUGUCCCUCCAAAGUGGCCUAUAAGAGGCUAGUGCUGAUGAACAUGCCUGUGGCUGAGGACAUGACGGUCCAUUUCACCUCUACCUUGAUGGCUCUGAUCCGUACAGCACUGGACAUCAAAAUCGCUAAAGGUGGUGCAGACUGGCAGCAGUUGGAUUCAGAGCUGCAAAAGGAGAUUCUGGCCAUCUGGCCUCACCUGUCCCAGAAGAUGCUGGACGUACUAGUGCCCCUGCCAAAAACUUCUGACCUGACGGUGGGCAAAAUAUAUGCAGCCAUGAUGAUCAUGGACUACUAUAAGCAGAGCAAAGCAAAGAAGCAGAAACAGCAGCUGGAGGAACAGAAAAAUGCCCCUAUGUUCCAGCGCAUGGAGCCCUCAUCUCUGCCUCCGGAGAUCCUUUCUAAUGCCAAAGCUUUGCCUUACCUCCAGCAGGACACCCUUUCAGGCCUGAGCAGCCGGAGUGGGUACCUGUCGCUGAGUCCACUCUCUCCUCAAGAGAUAUUCCAACUGGCUUGUAUGGAUUCGACACAUGGGCAGUUCCAGGAGCAGCAGUCUCUGGAGCCAGAGGUUAGAGAGUUUCAAAGCGUGCAGCCCUCUAACCGUGGCAACUAUCUCCCCGUGGACACUCAGGAGCGCGCUGUAUCUGGGAGGGCCUCCUCCAUGCCACGCCUGACUGUGGAUCCCCAGGUGGUUACAGACACAAGCUCUAUGAGACGAUCAUUCUCCACCAUCCGGGACAAGCGUCCUAACAGCUCCUGGCUGGAUGAGUUCUCCAUGGAGCGAAGCAGUGAAAACACGUACAAGUCACGCCGGCGCAGUUACCACUCCUCGCUGCAGCUAUCUGCUCGCCGCCUGAACGCAGACUCAGGCCACAGGUCCGAGACACAUCGCUCGGGCGGAAGAGAACGAGGGCGAUCCAAAGAACGCAAACACCUGCUGUCCCCAGACAUCUCCCGCUGCAACUCAGAGGAGAGGAGUCCGCAGGCAGAUGGCGAGUCUCCUAUUCGACGCCAGUCCAGAUCACCCAGUGAGGGCAGGUCACAGACACCAAACAGGCAGGGCACGGGCUCCCUGAGUGAAAGCUCCAUCCCUUCUAUAUCUGACACCAGCACCCCGAGACGAGGUCGCCGGCAACUCCCUCCGGUCCCCCCGAAGCCACGGCCGCUCCUCUCCUAUGCCUCCAUGAUGCGGCACCCUGGUGACACAUCCCCACAACACGAUGAGAGCGAGGGGGGAUCCCCUCUAUUCUCCCAGGCUUUGGAGACGAAUGAUACCUGCCUGACCGAGUCUUCCAGCUCUCCGCAGGGAAAGCAGAGCCGGCACUCCACCCCCCAGCGGUACAUCUCGGAGCCAUACCUGGCCCUGCAUGACGACUCCCAUGCCUCAGACUGUGGCGAGGAGGAGACACUCACCUUUGAGGCUGCUGUUGCCACCAGCCUUGGCCGCUCCAACACCAUCGGGUCAGCUCCUCCCUUGCGGCACGGCUGGCAGAUGCCCAACGGGCACUACAGGAGAAGGAGGAGAGGGGCAGCGCAGGGGGUGAUGUGUGGGGCUAGCAUCGACGUGCUAAGUGAUACAGAAGAAGAUGACAAGUGCUAGAGGCCGCUCCCUCCCUCUGUUGCAUGCUCUUCGCCACGCGUGGGAAUGAAACGAACCCAAAAUCAAAUGCAGGAGAAAUAAAAUCUUUGUGCAAAAAAACUUUGAACCCGCUAACCCCUCCCCACAUUUUUUCUGCACAAAGAAGCAUUUGAUUCGCUUCCACACCUCUGGUCCAGUAAGGCUCACGCACCAGUGGGAUGAGUGUGGGAACCAUGGAAAUGCCCUUCCCGAGCAAAACAGGACUUUAUGCCUAUGGGAAACCAGAGGGUGGAUCCGCUGCCAAGCAAAACUCGGCAGAAAGCAGCCAGAACCAUGAGAUUUGUAUUUGCCUUGGUCCCUUGAAGCUUGGCAAAAGAUCCCAGCAGGCGGCUUUGGGCAUGUUUCAUUUUUCCCUUGGGAAGUUGGAGUGGGAGGAUUGAGACAGAUGCGGGGCCCUUCCAGAGAAGCAGACACCAUCACUGGGGUUCUCUUGUGCUGCCCAUGGCUUUUGGUUUGCUUCCCAGAUGCAUUAGUGACAAAACUACCAGGAGGAAGGUGGGAUGGGGGCGGGCAGUGGCCCUGGGGCCCAGCGGACAGCCAGCCGCUGCUGUGCAUGGUGGGAGGGGAUGGUUUCAGGUGAAACCAAAACAAAAUAGCUUGUACCAUGGGGAGAUUUU